CAUGCCGUGACGCAGCCGCUUCCUUUAUCCGACGGGUUUUGCUACGCUCGCGCACAUCGCUCGCUCUCUGUACGCGGCCGGUCGAGGAGAGGACGGAGGCGCCAUUUUGCGACAACUUGUACAAAAAUCCCAGCAUCAGACAUGUACCCGAGUACACUGACGCUGCUCGCCCGGGCGAACCCCUUCAGCGCCCCGAUGUUCACACUGCAGAGAGCCGAUGAGCCCCAGUCACACACUCCCGCACAGAAGCGCAGGCUCGCAGCCGCCGCCGUCGCCGAAUCAGGCAAUAGCUGCGAGUUCGGCUCGAUGAAAUACUACGCCCUCUGCGGGUUUGGGGGAAUCUUGAGUUGCGGUCUUACUCACACGGCUGUCGUACCACUCGACCUGGUGAAGUGUCGCCUUCAGGUGGACCCAGCCAAAUACAAGAGCAUCUUCAAUGGGUUCUCGGUCACCAUCAGAGAGGAUGGCAUGCGUGGAUUGGCCAAGGGCUGGGCUCCCACCUUCAUUGGUUACUCCAUGCAGGGUCUCUGCAAGUUUGGCUUCUAUGAGGUGUUCAAGAUCCUGUACGGAGAUCUGCUAGGAGAGGAGAACACGUACUUGUGGAGAACAUCGCUGUAUCUGGCUGCCUCCGCGAGCGCUGAGUUCUUUGCAGAUAUCGCUCUGGCCCCUAUGGAGGCGUGUAAAGUGCGAAUCCAGACUCAGCCCGGCUACGCUAACACUUUGAGAGAAUGUGCCCCCAAGAUGUACGGCGAGGAGGGACUCUGGGCAUUCUACAAAGGUGUGGUUCCUCUGUGGAUGAGGCAGAUCCCCUACACCAUGAUGAAGUUCGCCUGCUUCGAGCGUACCGUUGAGCUGCUUUACAAGCAUGUGGUGCCCAAACCCCGCAGCGAAUGCUCCAAAUCCGAACAGCUGGUGGUCACCUUUGUCGCCGGGUACAUCGCUGGUGUGUUCUGUGCCAUCGUGUCUCACCCUGCUGAUUCCGUCGUGUCCGUGUUGAACAAAGAGAAGGGAAGCACAGCCACGCAAGUCCUCAAGAAACUGGGACCUAGGGGCGUUUGGAAGGGUCUGGUCGCCCGUAUCAUCAUGAUCGGUACCUUGACAGCCCUGCAGUGGUUCAUCUAUGACUCUGUGAAGGUCUACUUCCGUCUGCCCCGCCCUCCUCCCCCCGAGAUGCCCGAGUCCCUCAAGAAGAAGCUCGGCCUCACUGAGUAGACGACUCGAGAGAUCCGACGCUCGUCCACCUCCAUUAGUCUUUUCGACACAGCCGCACACCUCUGUUUUCUAUAUUUAAGUCUGUUCUGAGUCCCGGCCGCCCUCUGACUGACGUCAUGACUGUGAGGGGCAGCUCGUCUCCUUCAUAGGGGACCAUCAUGUCUAUAUAGUCUAUAUACAAACGUUUGUGACAUGAAUGAAUGCAGUUUGGUUUUAAUCUCUGACAUUUGUUUGUCAGUAGUACAAUAAAAAAAUCACCUGGGUAUUA